AUGUACAACCACGGCACACCGAACGUCGGACCAUCAAACGCUGCUGGGAUCGUCGGCUCAUCAAACAUGCAGAAGAAGACACGUCGCGCCCUACCCAACAGCAAUCCAACAGCCACCUCUUCCAUCCAGAACAACCUCAACAUGAACACCCGCCAUCAAGUCGGCAAUACCCCAGUACCCUCUCGGAGACCUCGGCUCGGAAUGGGGGGGCUCGAGGAUGAUGAGAAUAUGGUCAGAGAGCUAACCGAAGAACAGAAACUGGAAAUCAAAGAAGCCUUCGAACUGUUUGAUACCGAUAAAGACGGCGCAAUAGACUAUCAUGAGCUGAAAGUCGCAAUGAGAGCAUUGGGAUUCGAAUUGAAAAAACCUGAGAUACUGAAGAUCUUAAGGGAUCACGAUAAACAAGGCCAAGGAUUAAUCGAAUUUAACGAAUUCGAUAAAGUUAUGACAGAAAAAAUUCAAGCUAGGGAUCCCCGGGAAGAAAUCUUAAGAGCGUUCAAACUAUUCGACACAGAUAACACGGGCAAGAUCUCGUUGAGGGAUCUGAGGAAGAUCUCCAAAGAAUUGGGCGAAAACUUGGACGAGGAAGAACUGUCGGCUAUGAUCGAAGAGUUCGAUUUGGACCAGGACGGAGAGAUCAAUGAACAAGAAUUCUUUGCAAUCAUGUCUGAUGAAUUAUAA